GUAAAUGAUACAAAAGUGCACUGACAGUCUCAUGUGGGAGUGUUUUGAUCAGACUUCAAGGCUAAAGACAUGCCACUUCAGACAAGCAGAAGAAAGCUGCUGCUGCUGAACAGCACUGGUACUGGUGGAUUUUUUUAUUGAGAAGAAGCCGGGUUUUGUGGACACAGAAAUGGCUGUUGCCAAAGUCACGCCAGUGGAUCUGGCCAUGCAAAGGCGCCUGAAUAGCCAGAAUCCAGAACAACUUUUGGACCAACUUUUGAACAUGCCCAUACCGAGAUACCAUCGUUCUCUUCCGAGACCUCACAUAUAUGAUUCUCUGAGGCCCAAAGCUGCAAGAUCUCCCCCGAUUCCUGCCACUCCAGUGAAAGUCCUAAACUCUACAAGCCCUAUUGGGACAUUCAAGAAGAAAAAACCAGUGAAAUGCCCCCCAAAUCCUGUGUGCCCGGCAAGCGACCUAAUAAACCCUGAUGGGACAUUCAAGAAGAAAAAACAAGUUGUAUUCGCAGAUGAGAAAGGACUGGCCCUGACUACAGUGCGGCUCUUCCAAGCAGAUCCCCCAGUAUCUGAUGAGGAGGAGUUAACCCUGCCUGUCAAGAUAAAGACUGAGUCAUCUGUGCAAAGCAAGAAGCCACGUCUCCGGUUGGGUUUCCUUCAGCCUUCUGCUGAUUCACCAUCAUACCGUGAAAGUUUGGCCAAAUCUCUGGUGCAUUUGGAGAGCUGCAACUUGAUCUAUGGAUCGCUAGUGGGAAAGGUGAGGGUCUGCAACAUCAGUCCAGAGAAAGCUGUGCAUGUCCGCAUCACGUACGACUCAUGGAGGAGCCACCAGGACAUCCAGUGUACCCCAGUCCAACAGAAGAAUGAGAGUACAGAGACAGAACUGUUUGUUUUUAACAUUCCUGUCCUUUCCUGUCCUAGUGAACAGGAUCGUGUGGAGUUUUGCGUGUCCUUCCGUCCUGGAUCUGGCAACAUGAUUUUGUGGGACAAUAAUGGUGGACAAAACUAUCAAAUCCUUGUGGAAGACAUGGACUCAAAAGAAGUGUCCUUUGUUGAGAAAAAACCCUUGAGGCCCCAGAAUGUUGAAAUCGCCCAAUCAUUGCCCCUGAGAAAUGGUCCAGUUUUGUAUAAAUCGGCAAAACUUGGCUCCCUCACUUCCGACAAGAAUAUGAUUCCCAUGGACAGACAGACCUUGACUAGGCAAGAGAACAUUAUCCCAAAAAGUAAUUCUAACAAUGCUGGCAAAUAAUUCUAGCAUGGGUGGUGGGUUUUGUAUAUAUCGGUCCCUUAUCUUUUUCAUUAUCAUCAUCCAUGUUGGAUGAACUUUGUCAUAAACAGACAUCAAGUGGGACUGACCUACAGACAGACACCCAUGUUUGUGUUACUUCGCUCCUCUCCAACUUGCCUGUGUGAGUCAGUGUUGACGACGUGAGACAGCUGUGUCUCUCUUGAGCCUUGUGCACCUGUAUAGCAGAUGUGUAUCUGAUCUGACAACAAACAUCAGCACUUGCUCAUAAAGUUCAGCCAAUUUCAAGCUGUGAAGGUCUCUCACUUCCUGUGAGGUGGCUGUACUCCGACUAAUAAUGUACCUACAGAUGUGAAAUGACUCAUGUCAUAUAUGUAAUAUAACUAUUUGAAAGUUUUCAAUGUAUAUUCAUUUAUGACAAAUGCACAAAUAAAGAUGUAUUCUGAGAUAAA